UAAAGAAAUAAAAAGGUCAACAAGAAUCAUUCUGACACUCGUGAACGCGGAGACUUUUGAGGGAUUCAUCCGAAUUCUCAGUGCAACUUGACAAGUUAUCAUCAUCAUCAUCACCUCUCAAAUUGAAAUCACAAUCAAACCAAACCACACCCUCCAGUCUCCAGAUUCGUCGUAUCGGUAAGUGUCUCCCAUUAUUCUCCCUGUGUGGGGGAAAAUUGAAUUUUAUAUCUUUGUGAUCCGAUACAUAGGAGAGAAGAAAAAGAUGGCGGUUACUAUGAAACACAUGUCGUUGAUCGUGUCUUUGUUUGGCGUCUUGUCGUUUAUUCUUGGAGUCAUCGCUGAGAACAAGAAGCCUGCGUCUGGGACUCCAAUACACGGAAAGGGAGUAGUUAUCUGCAAAUACCCAUCUGAUCCAACUGUUGCCUUGGGUUACCUUUCUGCUGCCUUUCUCCUUGCCUGCACCGUUGCAGGAUACAAAUCCCUGUUCAUCUCUUACAAGGGAAGGUCUGUUCCCAACUCUGUCCUGUUCAAAAGCACCAGCUUCUCUGUCUUCUUUAACAUUGCCUUGAUAACAUCUGGACUGGCUUUGUCUCUGUUGCUAUGGCCAACCAUUACAGAGCAACUUCACUUGACCCGUAAUGUACACCGGAACUUAGAGACCAGCUGCCCCACGGCUAAGACCGGUCUCCUUGGUGGAGGCGCCUUUGUGUCAUUGGACUCGUGUCUUUUCUGGUUGGUCGCUCUAAUACUCGCUGAUAACGCCCGUGAAGACCAUUUUGAUGAAGCUGAUAACAGAAAUGGCGAUGGGAACUCUUCCUCCAGGGAUGUGAAUCUCAAGAUUGAUGCUUGAGUGAAUAAUCUGCAUCUGCUUACUGGUAUUGGAGUUGUAUGUUUUUAUUCUACUGCUUGUUUGAUUAGGAAAAUUACAAAUAGUUUCUUCUACAUAUAUUUGAUUUUAAAGAUGCUAUAAAUUGUCUCUGAGCAGCUUACUGCACAAUGAUUCUCAAAGUUGUAUAUGUCAGAUUCUUGAUUUAGUAAAUCUUUUGAUUUGGUUUGA